GCUCCACCCCUUCACCCCGGGCUCUGCCAAGUGCCACCCAGCAGGCCAGCACAAUCGCUCACUCUCCUCCUCUGCGCCACCUUAGCUAGCUCUCCUCCUUCCUCCCACGCUCUCGCCGCCAUGUCGUACAACAAGACCGCCUCCAUCACCGCCGAGACCAUAAACCCCAAGGUCAAGAUCUUCGACUACGAGCCCUGCGGGGAGAUCGCCAGGCACGCAGAGCGGUUGGAGCAGGAGAUGGAGAAGAGCCCAGGUUCUCGCCCUUUCCCAGAGAUUAUAUACUGCAACCUUGGGAACCCUCAGGCUCUCGGGCAGCGCCCGAUAACCUUCUUUCGUGAGGUUAUUUCUCUGUGUGACAAUCCAGCUCUCCUGCACAGAGAUGAAACCCGUAUGUUAUUCAGUCCAUGUGCCAUAAAUAGAGCGCGGAAGAUUAUCGAGUCGAUGCCCGGAAGAAACACCGGUGCAUAUACCAACAGUCAGGGAAUCCGAAGUUUGCGCGAAGCGGUUGCAAGUGGAAUCGCUGCAAGAGAUGGUUUUCCAUCAAGACCGGAAGACAUCUUUCUGACGGAUGGAGCGAGUUCAGCGGUACGUACUACUCUGCGUUUAACAGCUCCAUCACAUCACAUGCACUUGACCUAUCUCACUAUGCUGAACUGGGCUGCCUUUUUCAUUUCUUCCUUCCAGAUCAAUUUGAGUAUGCAGAUACUCAUUAGGUCCCAAGAAGAUGGCAUUUUAUGCCCUUUACCCGAAUAUCCAUUAUACUCGGCGUCCAUUAUACUUCAUGGUGGGACUAUGGUACCGUACAAUCUUAGCGAGGAUGGUGAUUGGGGGCUUGAGAUUUUCGAAGUAAAGAGGUGCUUCGAGGAGGCACGCAUCGCAGGUUUGACUGUUCGUGCUAUGGUGAUCAUAAAUCCCGGAAACCCAACGGGACAGGUACUGUCUGUCACCAACCAGGAGGAGAUAGUAGAAUUUUGUCGGAAAGAAGGCUUGGUUAUCCUUGCCGAUGAGGUAUACCAAGAUAAUGUCUAUGUGGAGGAUAGGAAGUUCAAUUCUUUCAAGAAAGUUGCCAGAUCACUUGGGUAUGACGAGAAUGACAUCUCCAUAGUGUCAUUUCAUUCGGUUUCGAUGGGUUACUCUGGAGAAUGUGGCAGAAGGGGAGGCUACAUGGAGAUAUGUGGUUUUGGAGAUGAUGUGAUGGGUGAGAUUCGCAAGGUGGCUUCUGUGACUCUUUGCCCCAACACAAAUGGUCAAAUUCUUACUAGCCUUGCGAUGGAUCCACCAAAGCUAGGAGAUGGUUGUUUCGAGGCUUUCAUGGCUGAAAAGGAAGAAAUCAGUACAUCUUUGGCCAAGCGCGCCAAGACCUUGGUGAACGCAUUCAGCAGCCUGGAGGGAAUGACCUGCAACAAAGUAGAGGGCGCAAUCUACGCCUUCCCACGCAUCCAUCUCCCAGCAGCGGCGAUCAAAGCCGCCAAGGCCGAGGACGUGUCCCCAGACACGUUCUACGCGUGCCGUCUUCUCGAUGCCACCGGAAUCGCGGUCGUCCCUGGCUCUGGAUUCCACCAGAUCUCUGGGCGCAACACGGCGACCGGGACAUGGCAUAUCAGGUGCACUAUCCUCGUCGCCGAGGACAAGAUCGAGGCAAUGAUCGCGCGCCUCAAGGCCUUCCACGAGUCCUUCAUGAACGAGUUCCGCGACCGAAGCUGAUGCACAUCUGCAGGUCUCAACUCUGGUGGCGCUGUGUUCUUCGCUCCCUGCAAAUUAUGUUUGUGUUGUACUACCAAUAAACUUUUGGGGCAGUGUGUUCUUCUCUCCCAGUAAAACUAUGAACUUGUGUUGUGAUAAACAUACUUUUUGUGCACAAAUCUGGUAUAUGUAUGUACUGAGUGAGUGCCUCCCUCUAAAAUAACUUUGUGUUGUGCCAAAGUAGCACCCAGGAAUAUGUAUUAGUAGUCUCACACUUUGCUCUUC